AUGUAUGCAAUAGGAAGACGGAGCCCGGCAGUCGCCCAAUUUCCAUCUCUCUGCUCACUUUCUGCGGAUGCGGAGACGAAUGCCCCAUCUAGCGAGACUAGUUUUAACCAAACACAAACCGUGGAGGAUCGCUUUAUUGGUGUAGCCAACUACAGAGAGUUUCUUCAUGAUCCACAACAUCUGCAUAUACAUAGUACAGACAGUUUAACAGAAUUACGCUAUCGAAAGACACUGGAAUCUCGAAUGGGUCUUGGUGGUGGUGGUCUUAUGUUUUUUCAUGUCAACGAUAAUGUGAAUAAUCCACUAUACCGAGAUACGGAAUAUACGGAGGGAUACGUUAUCUGUCAUGAUGCUUUAAACCCAAUGGAGGACUCUGCAGAGAUAGAUAAUCAACACAUACAACCACAAUCACAACAACGUCAACAACAACACUACCCGGAAGAGUUAGGGGAUCAACACAUUGUUGGGAGUACUAUGAUGAUGAUGAUGAAUGAUUUACAGGAUGGAUUUCACACCCCACCAUCUUCACCAAUGCGAAGAUGUCGUGAAUAUCCUUUAAUAGAAUCAACCAAAGUUUUGGAAAAUACAACUAUAAACUCUCCAAUAAAUCCCAUGAUGGGAGCUCGCUCAGAAGUACGUGAUGGGUAUCAUACCCCACUACCACACUCAAGAGUAAUGGGAGUUACUACUCCAGUCAGUCGAUCUCCUGGUACAUAUGGGGAGACGAAUAGUACUCCAGGCGAUCGCUCUUUCCGUGGUGAUAAUAACUGGAGAACUCCAAUUCCACUAACGGCAACAACAACAACAACAACAAUAACUGGUGGUUUUCCUACUCCUAUAUAUGGCUCCAAAUGCAAUGAUACGACCAGUAAUUAUACAGCAACCCCAAAUCCAGGACGUCCCACAUCUGCACUUUUAGUUCCCUCACCACAACUUCGUACACCUGUUAAACAUGAGAAUGAUUUGUUGGGUACACCUUCUACAGGUGUUCAUGGUAAUAAUGUUUCUCUCUCUCUUAAUGGGAGUCCAGUUCCACGGCGGAGUGUAUUGUACUCACGCCACACAACCCCUCGCCGUAGAACUGAAACAUGUCAUUGUGUGCUUAAUGCAGAAGGAUUAUCCCUCACGGAUGUGAAGGGACGACCAAACUUCAGUCCACUUUGUUGGGGUUAUCUGGGUGCUAUUAUUGCUCUCACGAAUAGUGUUUACCUUUGGCGAGAACAAAAAGGCGCAGUGACGCUCUUUCUGGCCCCACCACCAUUUGGUUUUGUGAGUGCUGUCUCUGCCUCACGACACCCAACCGAUACGGAUGAUGUCUACACGGCUAUUGGAUUAACCACUGGAAUGACAGUGAUUAUUAGACAUCAUGUAGAGAGUGUGGGACUCACAAGAGAAACAAGACGAUUUUCAGAGGUUGAUUUCUCAUUUGAGAAAUCCGAACGAGCUGUAUUUAGAGAUUAUGCCUCUCAUAUUAGUACACUACAAAUCCUUGGACACCAACUCUAUAGUGGUUUUAUGAAUGGUAUAUUCACCGUGCGUAAUCUUCGUGAUGGUUCACUACUCUGGCAGAUUUCUCCAUUCUCACAGUCGAUUGAAAAACCAUCUAAUUACUCACGUAUACCAGACUGUGUGGUGGAUGUUGGGGCACCUAUUUAUAAAGCGGAGGUAACACCAGAUGGAGAACAUAUUGCUGUUGGGACAAGUGAUAGUCUCUUUGUAUAUCAUAGUAGUUGUAUUGGUCGAGAAAACCGAAAAAAGCGACGAGUUGUAUUAACAAACUCCAAUCGACCUGUACGUGCAUUUUGUUGGUGGGGUUUCCCAUAUAAUUGUGUGGGUAAUGCUGCAAUGGAUUUUCAUUCAACUUCCACUACAACUACAACCACCACUGCUACAACUCCCAUUACUAGUAGUAGUAGUAGUAGUAGUACUGUUCCAAACGCCUCUGGUAGUACUAUCAAUGGGAGUGGAAGACAAUGUUUUUUACAAACGGUAUUGAUUUAUAGUGGUGGUGUAGAUGGAUCUAUUCUCUCCGUUUACUCCGUUGGUGGUCGAUCAGACAAGGCGACGUGUCGCUUCUCAGCACCUAUUCUCAGCAUCCUCAGCAGUGAAACCUCAGAAGAGAUUUUGGUUUCCCUUGAUACCCCAAACGUGGAGGCCGCAGGCGGUGUACAUACAAACAAUACACAUCAUAUAAAUAACACGAUUGUGAAUACGGAAGAGGCCCCACUGGGGGAUACUGGCGGUGAUGGACUCCGCGUGGACAACAACUGGAACUCCUACGAUCCCUCUAGUGAUGAUGAGAGCCCGCAGCAGGUAUUAUAUGUGGAUCAGCAUCACCCAGUGGAUACAAUGGCACGAAAUAGCAGAAAUGACCAAUACCACCCACACGGCGGUGGGAAUAGACAAUUUCAUACACUCUCGGGAUUGCGAUUUGCCUUUGGCACUGAUAUGAUAACACCAACAACUAUUACUACUACAACUACAACUACUAAUACUAAUACUAAUACUACUGCACGUCCACCAAUGCCACGAUUGGAUGCCUCACGUGGAUCCACACAGGGGAAAGAGUUGUUGUUGAUAUUACGAUUGAAGAACGGUGGAGACACACUGGAGCGGCUUAAUGGGUUUACCGGUACGUUGAAGGCAUCGCAGUACAUGGCACUCUCACCAGACAACUCACUGCUGUUCACUACAGGGAGUGAAAUGAAAAUGCGGCUUUGGCGCGCUUUUAAGGCGAGAACCACAGAGAAUGUAGCGCAGUGCGAGAUGCGUUAA